UGCCCUCGCGCUGCGUUUCACUUCGGAGCGUGAGAACGAGGACAGGUGGUCUCCGCCGCGCGCCUACUACAUUCCAGGCUGCUUCCUCUUUUCUCCCGUCUCCUAAGCGGGGCGGGCCGUUCCUAACCUCCCGCACCGGAAAGCCAUUUAUCUCCUUCCAAGCAAAAAACUGACGACAGCGGAAGCUUCCAGCGCGCUCCGAGCUGGGCUCGGGCAACUUACCCAGCAGCGCAGAAGCCGAGCUCGCCAGUCUCUCCCGUGUUUGUGUCAUGCGUCGGGGCGAGCGCGCCGCGCGCCUCAGGCCCGGCCAUCUGCUCUAGGGGGCGCGUGUGCGCUCUCUGCGCGCCUCGGCAACCGAGGGCUGGGCGGCUGAGGAAGCCUUCAGCUGCGUCUCGGCUGCUGCCCGGGCGCGAGGCCGCUUGCCUGAGCCAGUGAGCGAGCGGGCAGGUGCGGACGGAGAGGGCAUUUGCGCGCGGCCAGCCCGGGGCUCGCCGUCUGAGGGGCGACCAUGUCCGCGCGCUGUUGUGCGGGUCAGUUGGCCUGCUGUUGUGGCACUGCUCCGUGUUCACUCUGCUGCAAAUGCUGCCCAAAGAUAAAGCAAUCCACUAGCACCCGCUUUAUGUAUGCACUGUACUUCAUCUUGGUGACUCUCAUCUGUUGCAUCAUGAUGUCGGAGACGGUAGCAAAAGAAAUGAAAGCACAUAUUCCCUUUUAUGGCACGCUAUGCCAACAUAUUCAGGCAGGUGAUUCAUGUGAGAAGCUGGUGGGGUACUCUGCAGUUUAUCGAGUGAGCUUUGGAAUGGCCUGCUUCUUCUUCAUCUUCUUCUUACUCACCAUCAAAAUCAACAAUAGCAAAAGUUGCCGUGCAUACAUGCACAAUGGAUUUUGGUUCAUUAAACUUCUAGUCUUGGCCGCCAUGUGCUCAGGAGCCUUUUUCAUUCCCGACCAGGAUACCUUUCUUAAAGCAUGGCGUUAUGUAGGUGCUGCAGGAGGGUUCCUCUUUAUCCUCAUUCAACUCAUCCUGCUUGUAGAAUUUGCCCACAAAUGGAAUAAGAACUGGACAUCUGGCACAAGGCACAAUAAGCUCUGGUAUGGCUCCUUAGCUCUCGUGACUCUCAUUUUGUACUCCGUCGCUGUUGGAGCUCUGAUUGUGAUGGCUGUCUUUUACACACGUGCCGAUGGCUGCAAUUUUAACAAGAUCCUGCUUGGAGUCAAUGGCGGCUUGUGCUUGCUUAUUUCAAUGAUAGCCAUCUCGCCCUGUGUCCAAAACCGUCAGCCACAUUCUGGCUUGCUGCAAUCAGGCAUUAUCAGCUGCUAUGUCAUGUAUCUCACCUUUUCAUCUCUUUCAAGCAAACCACCAGAAACUAUCCUAGAUGAGAAUCAGAAGAACAUCACGAUCUGUGUACCUGAAUUUAGCCAGGGGCUACAAACGGAUGAAAACUUGGUGACUGGACUGGGUACUGCCAUCCUGUUCUGCUGCAUUUUAUAUUCUUGCUUGACCUCAACAACGCGUGCAAGCUCUGAAGCCCUGAGAGGAAUAUAUGCCACACCGGAAACUGAAGUGGCUCGCUGCUGUUUCUGCUGUACUCCUGCUGAAGAUGCAGAUGUUGAAGAGCCUGUUGGCAGAAAGAGUGGCCAGAGAGUAAUUUAUGAUGAAAAGAAAGGGACUGUAUACAGCUAUGCUUAUUUCCACUUUGUGUUCUUCCUGGCUUCUCUCUAUGUGAUGAUGACGGUCACCCACUGGUUUCAUUAUGAAAGUGCUGCAAUUGAAAAAUUCUUUGCUGGAACCUGGUCAAUAUUCUGGAUUAAGAUGGCCUCCUGUUGGGUGUGUGUCCUCCUCUACGUUUGGACUCUUCUGGCUCCUUUCUGCUGCCCAACUAGAGAAUUCUCGGUGUGAAGCUGUUUAUGGUACAAGUCCAUCAGCUUAGGGAAUGGCAAAACAAAUCUGAGUACUAGCUAUCCUAACCUUGAUGUUUAGGAUACUACAUUAACUCUUAUGAAAUCACACAUGUAGAGUCUGGUUUUGAAAAGUUAUUUACAUUACGUGAAUUAAGAGAGCCUGGAGAACAAGUUUAGUUCAAAGUGGCACCUCAGUCUGGAAGUCAAAAGUGCUGGAUUCUCUUAAGCCUAAUUGGUGAUAAGACUGAUGCUGACAUGUUACAGUCCUCGCAGACAUUGAUCCCCACUUUUUUUGUUGACAAAGAAACCAAACCCGUAGAUUACAAAAUUACAAAAUGGAACUUAAAACUUCACUGGGAUGAAGAUGUUGUCAGGGGUGGGAACGACAUCAGCUUGAGGGGUUUUUUUUCUCUAUUAGAUGCUCUUAGUAAAUUAUUGGAAAUGUAGAUUGUGGGUGAAAAGGAUUUGUGGGUAUAGAAAUAUUUAUUUAUGCUAUAAAAUGAAAGGCAUCUUUAUGAAUCACUGGGUGACAUGAUGUAGAAUAUGAAAACCUGAAUGGGAUGCAAGACACUGUAAAGGUUGGUGCAAUUGAAAGUUGUUAUGAGUCACUCUGGGAGUGAAUGCAUCUAAUGAAAUAUUCAGAACAGAAGCAGUGAGCAACAAAAUACAAAUCUGCCUAUAGCUAGCCUAGUAAGUCUGGAGAAUUUCCCUUUUUUUGCAGGGGUUGUUAAGAGUCUACAAUGUGUAAACCUAUUUAAAACUGUGAUCUAAUACAGUUUAAAAAAUCAGGUAAAUACUUAUAUUGUAAAGUAGCCGUACCCUGAAAAAUAAUUGGGAAUGUUCAGAAUUUGUUUACAGCAGUUUCUUUUUAAAAAUAAUAAUAAUCCAUCACUUUUUUGAUCCCAGAUUUCAUCCCUAAAUACAUUUUGAUGUGAUUAUUUUAUAUCAAUUAUGGAUAGAGGAUUACAAGGAGACAAAGCAAAUUUAACUCAUUGUAAUAUCAGCGGUCUAACUUCUAUUUCCCAUGCAUACCAAAGUCCGCUUAGUGAGUCUUUCUUUACUAGGAUCAGAACUAACUUUUUGCAAGCCCUUAUAUGUGAGUGGAGUAAUGUUGCAAGAUAAAACUAUUGGGUCAUAACUAUUUAGUGCACAAAGCCUGCAAUCCUAUACACACCUGGAAGUAAGAGCCAUAUAAUAAAAUAGGACUAGAUUCUGAGUAACCAUGCCUCAAAUUGUGCUGUGUACUAUUUUAAUCAU